UACACGCUCCCCGCUCGCGCCGAACCGUGCGAGAAAAAUCUCGCGCCUGGGGAAGGUCGUCGUCGUCGACGGUUCCGGAAGCUAGGGUUAGGGUUUCUCCUCCGCCAUGGCGCGCCCCGGUCUCCACCACUACCACCACCACCACCAGCAAUGGCCGCCGCAUCCUCUCCCUCCCGUGGCGGCGCCGCCCCCUCCGCCGCCCGCCGCCAUCCCCGUCGACAGCGCCCCUCGCCCCUCCUCCGACGAGGUUCGCACGAUCUUCAUCACGGGGCUUCCCGCGGACGUGAAGGAGCGGGAGCUCCACAACCUCCUCCGGUGGUUGCCGGGGUUCGAGGCAUCACAGAUCAACUUCAAGGGGGAGCAACCCAUGGGAUUCGCCCUCUUCUCUACUGUUCAGUACGCCGUAGCGGCGAAAGACGCGCUCCAGGACUUGGUAUUUGAUUCGGAGACGAAGUCCGCGCUGCACACGGAGAUGGCGAAGAAGAAUCUGUUUGUCAAGAGAGGUGUGUCAACUGAUCCAAACCCAAUCGACCAAAGUAAACGUCUACGGACUGGUGGGGACUAUGGCAACACAGGCUAUCAAGCUCCCCCUCUUUUUCACCAGUCGCCAACACCUGUGUGGGGAACCAGUAGUUAUAUGGCCCCACCACCACCAUACCCUUAUGGAGGCUAUCCUGUUCCUCCAGUAGCCAUACCUGCGCCUGCUCCCGUGCCUCCUCCAAGCGGUUAUGCUCCUGUGCAGAAUACAAAAGAUAAUCCUCCAUGCAAUACCCUUUUUAUUGGCAAUCUUGGGGAGAAUGUAAUCGAGGAUGAACUCAGAAGUCUUUUCAGUGUGCAACCCGGUUACAAACAAAUGAAGGUACUGCGUCAGGAAAGAAACACUGUGUGUUUCAUUGAAUUUGAUGACAUGAAUACUGCUGCAGCUGUUCAUCACAAUUUGCAGGGUGCUGUCAUUCCUAGUUCAGGUCGUGGUGGCAUGCGAAUUCAAUUUUCCAAGAACCCCUUUGGCCGAAGGAAGGAUUAAGUGAAUGGUGCUGGCACUUGAACAAAUGGAGCUCUUCAUGCAUACCGUCACUAGUAACUUUAAAAGGGAUGUAUUCCAAUCUUUCUACUUCCUAAUGACGAUAUGACUAGGAUGGAUACUCCAUUAUGGAAAUCAUGCUGUUGCAUCUGUACUUCAUAAAUUUCCAUUAGCAUUUUCAUCGUGUGAAUGCACCAUGUUAUCAUGUGUGAGCCUUCGGGCAGCAAGAUCUUUUGAUACAUGUGCAUUGUUAUCAUCAACAUGGACGUUAGUCUUAUGCCUGUUUAUCUAAUAUAUGCAGCUUGAUGUAGCCGUCAUGUAACUGUUAUUUAGGUGUACAUUGACAUCACCAUCAUCAUGGAUACUUAUGGGUUUUUUUUCCCCCUCUUUUCUCUAUGAUUUCUAAAACAUAUGCUGCAAUUUCAUGUUUCAUCAACACACCUCACUUGUUGUUUGUUUGUCAAUCUGAGAGCUGAUGCAACCCAUACUCAUGUCAUGUCAUGUCAUGUCAUGUCACGGCAUAUUCAUUGCUGAAGAGGUUUGGUAGACCCAUGUUCAUGUUAUGGCAUACUCAUUACCAAAGAGGUUUUAUGGACUCAUGUCGUCAUGUCAUGGCAUAUACAUUGGUGCAAGUUGUGAGGAAAACAGAUUCAUCUCAUGUCAUGGCAUAUUCAUAAAUGCUGGAGAUUGGAGCAUCAUCAGUUUGACAGAAUCAUCUCAUGUCAUGGCAUGUUCAUGUACCUGCUGGAGCUCGGAGCAUCAUCAUCCAAACCAUAAUCAUAAGUCAUCCUCAAUGGCCUCAUCUAGCAUGAACUGAUCAGUAUGUUUUUACCUCCAGGCUGAAUUCUUUUUAAAUACAAGGAAGAGAGCUGCACAUGAAAUCUUGGCAUUUGGACCUUGCUGCUUGAAGGAAAAGCAAACUCGAGCAAGCUCAUUUUGGCUUAUGCUUGAUAAAUAAAUGAGAUUCUCUUUCUCUGAUUCCUCGAAGUUUCGUUUCUAUGCCUCUACUAUUUUAAAUCCGUGUAGGUUCUUCAUCUACAUCACUGAUGUCCAAGGAACUGCCUCUGCUAUUCUAUCCAUAGGGUGCUUUUUCUUGCCAAUAAGAUUUGCACCAAUACCACUCUACUUUUCUUCCAGUAGCUCUUGAUUUGCUCUUUCACCCUCUUUUUAGAAUUUAAAACUGUUUCGGCAGAAUGCUCCAGUCCUUUAACCAUCCUCCUGCCACCAGAAGCUGGUUAACUAGUCAUCAGUCUUUGAUACAAAGAAGGUGCCGAACCAAGACAAUUGUCGUGCUUGCUAGUUGUCUCUCAGGAGUUUCCUCCAGUGAGUGAAAAAUACUAAUGCCUUGAUGAACGAGUUUGAAGGUCAGGUAAGGCUCUUUUGUGCAAAAUAUGCAACUUAUUAAGUUCCCGUAGUAGAAAACUUGUGUUGUCAACUAUCUUAGAAGAAAUAAUGAGAGCCCUAAUAGCCAGUUAAUGCUGGGUUAACAUAGCUAAUGUUCAAAAAAAUUGUGUUGGAUGAACCCUUCAAAUUGUAGAGAAUGAUAUUAAAAUUUAAAAUUUAGUGAUAUUUGAUUCA